UCGAGCAACAGUCAUAGACCAUUUUCUUGUCCAUGGACUGAAAAUGAGGGAAGCAGGACUUAGAGUGCAACCCAAUUUGAGCCGAUUUUCUGUGUCCACCAUAGUAAGGACAUUCAGAGAAGAGAACAGAAUUGCAAGGCUGCCACAUGCAGGUGGAAGGACAGCUAUAUUCACUCCUGAGCAAGAGGCCGUUAUAGUGGGCAUGGUCCUUCAAGAUAAUUUAAUACGACUCAGAGAAAUCCAGGAACGAGUGAUACAAGACAACACACACUUCCAGGGAAUCGACAGUGUGAGCAUUUCCACAAUUGACCGUGUCCUCCAUCGUAACAGGAUGCGAAUGAAACAAGUAUACAGAGUAUCUUUUGAGCGCAACUCACCAAGGGUGAAAGAACUGCAAGCUCAGUAUGUGCAAACAAUAUUUGACUUGGAAUCCUUGGACAGACCCCAUGAGUUCAUCUUUGUCGAUGAAGCUGGCUUCAAUCUAACGAAGAGGAGAAGGAGAGGCCGAAACAUGAUUGGACAGCGGGCCAUUGUUGAAGUCCCUGGUCAACGAGGUGGCAAUGUCACAAUCUGCGCUGCUAUUAGCAACCAUGGUGUUCUACAUCACCAUGUUACACUCGGGCCAUAUAACACCCAGCACCUUCUAAGAUUUAUGGCCAAUCUAAGAGAUAUUUUAUUUCAACAGCAGGUUGAAGAGCAGCAGGGUCAAGAGCUAAAUGAGAAUCCCAUUCCCACAUAUGUGAUAGUGUGGGACAAUGUCAGUUUCCACCGAGCUGCUCAGGUAAGGGAAUGGUUUAACAUCAAUGGGCAGUUUAUGAACUUGUACCUCCCUCCAUACUCGCCUUUCCUGAAUCCGAUUGAGGAGUUUUUCUCCUCUUGGAGAUGGAAAGUUUAUGAUAGACAACCCUACACCAGAGUAAAUCUGCUGCAAGCCAUGGAUUUAGCCUGUGGUGAUAUUGGUGAGGAAUCAUGUCAGGGCUGGAUACGACACAAGAGUCUUCUUCCCCCGUUGCCUCAGGAGGGACAAUAUUGCUUGUGAUGUCGACGAAUUGCUUUGGCCUGACCCAGGCCAAAGCCAAGAAGCACAUUGAUCACGUUUACUCCUUUCAUUUGUGUCCCUUUGAGUAUCGUAUACUGUAGUACAGUGCACUGCUGUAGACUGUACAAUGAAAAAAUAUGAAAUUUGUUUUGAGAUUAAAAAUGUAGUUCUCCCUGAGAACUAUAUGUUUUGAACAAUGUGUUUUAAAUUUUUUGGUGUAUUGUUUACUGACUUGAUAGUGUAUAGCAUUUUGAUCACUUUGUUUAUGAUUUGAGAGCAGUGUUUGAUUUUGAACACAGGUAAAACUGUUUUGAGAGCAGUGUUUGAUUUUGAACACAGGUAAAACUGUUUUGAGGUGAAAGUUUCAUUUUGCAAGAGGAGUCAGAGGUUUUGUAAAUCGUGCUUGAAGAUGAGGUUUUGUG